AUGGGAGGACACACGGCUCCAUCACUCGCAGACUUCAUCUUUGAUCUCCCUUUCGCUUCUGAAUUGGGUGUCUCGAAAGAAGAAGCCGAAAAGUACGAGGAGAUGAGAUACUCCUACUACGAGCAUCGAGCGACGCCAAAUGAAGAUAUCUGUGCCGAAUCAAUAAUUCGAUACUUGAAAGCCCUCACUGACCCACCCGAACCCGUUUCCAGCUUCAUGACCUUGCUUGUAGAGGCCGGUGUCCUGGAAGACCCUGCUUCUGAGACUACCAUCGUUGUUGGUGAAUCCAACCUAGGUCCGGGGCUAGAUCAUCAGCCGGGGCUCUACAAACAGCUAGAAGGUCUCGGAGAGUCUCUUCUUGAGCUGGGACCGGAAGAAAAUCGACCUAAGUCUUUGGACGAGGAUCUAUACGUUGAAUACCUCCGACAUGACGGCUUUAGGUUGUGGUCAGCACCUCGCUAUGCUCCCUUUCCUACGGAUUUCACGAUACGUGCUGGUUCUGACAGCCAGCUGUGCAUAUUUCAUGUUGAAAGCCACCGCGUUAAGGAAAAGUCUCCAUUCUUCAACGAGCUGCUCCAGAGUGGAAAAUGUGGAGUCGGCCAGUACUCCUAUUCUUCAGACGAACAUCCAGUUGCCAUGGAUUGGUACCUUGCCUACCUCUAUGGCCUUCCGUUCAAACUUUCGCUUCCAGACAAUAAGGCGGGACCCCAUAUCUCUUUCGUCCGCAGCUUGGUAAAGCUAGCUACCAACGUUGAGUGCCAUGGCCUUGUUGAAGAAAUCAUCGAGGAGCUUGGCCGUUCGUUCACGUACUACCACUGGGGCCCUGACAUCGCACCAUGUGUAAUGGAACUUUACAAGUACUUUAACGCCCAUAUCAGAAAUGAAGGCAACGAGGAGAUCAAAAUUUCAGCAUCUCAGCUUGUCGACUGGAUCAGCGCUCUCCAUGCUGAUAAGAAGCUCAUGCAUUUGAAGCGAUUUAUCAGCAGCAAUAUGCAAAUAGAUUUAGAUCCCGGGUCUGGAAGCUUUCUGAAAGAUCUCUCGAUUGCUCUUUGCAAGGUCCUCCACAAUACCGGACAGGAGAACGGCAAAUGUCUUGGAUCUACGUCCUCCUCUGAAUGUGACAGCACCAUUGUUGUCAUCGAAGCGACCGAGAUUUCCGACGGCUCCCAUAAGCCAAGUCUCGAAGAGGUUUGA